UACAAAACAAGAAGUGGCACGAAACCAGGCAACAAGAAAGGCAACUUGAUUUUGAUUAAAAACAUAAAUAAAUCAAGCACUACCCCAUUAGUGGCUAUAAAUGGAUGUGUAGCUUCUUUUCCUGAAUUCACAUCCCAGUUUCUUCUAUAUUUUUAGCUAAACAUGUCUCCUUCAAAGUACACGUUUAUCUCAUUUUGUGUGGCCUUUUUCAGCUUACUGGUAGCAACCCAAUCUCUUGUUCCUGCAAACGAAACCUUCAAGUACGUGAACCAAGGCGAAUUCGGGGAAUACAGUAACGAAUACGAUGCAAAUUACCGAAUCCUUCCCCUCGCAACUCACCCUUUCCAGUUUGCCUUCUAUAACACCACCCCAAAUGCCUAUAUCCUUGGACUCCGCAUGGGCUCCAUAGGUUCCGAGGCCACCCGUCGCUGGAUUUGGGAGGCCAACCGCGGGAAGCCGGUCCGUGAUAACGCAACGCUGACCUUCGGCCGGGAUGGAAAUUUGGUCUUAGCUGACGCCGAUGGCAAGGUGGUUUGGCAAACCGGCACAGCCAAUAAGGGCGUGGUUGGCCUGGAAAUCCUCUUUAGUGGCAACUUAGUAUUGUAUGAUAGUAAAAAGAGAUUCCUUUGGCAAAGCUUUGAUUAUCCAACCGAUACACUCAUGGUGGACCAAGCCUUAAAGGCCACCGGGCCGACCAGGCUUGUGAGCCGAAUGUCGGUGGCUCAACCGGUCAACGGUCCAUACAGUUUCGUGAUGGAGAAACAAAAUUGGGCAAUGUAUUACCAGACCCCGAAUUCACAAAAGCCUAUCUUGUACUACAGAUCACAUCAAUUCGGCAAUGGCAAAGGUACUUUGGCGAUUCUCGAUUUCUACUCCUCACACGAAAAUGGUGGGAAUCAUUCCUAUGAGCUCGGAUUCCAUUACAACAUGACUGGAUCUCCAAUCUUCGGAUCGGCAAUUUUAGCUAGGCCGAAGUACGACACCACCUACAGUUUCCUUCGAGUUGAGAUAGAUGGUAACUUGAGAAUCUACACCUACGACGACACUGAAAAUUGGCUAUCAUGGGGGGUUCCCUUCGUGCUCUUCGACAAGGACAAAGGUUGGACUACCCAGUGUAGAAUGCCGAGGAGGUGCGGAUCGCUCGGCAUUUGCAAAAACGACCAAUGCAUCGCAUGCCCUAAGCCACAAGGGUUGUUAAAGUGGAGCAAGACUUGCGCACCUCCAGUGUUGCCACCAUGUAACAAAAGAGGAUCAAGGGUGGACUAUUACAAGGUUGAUGGAGUUGAACACUAUACUAGUGCUUAUAAUGUGGGAGAUGGACCAUUGAGUUUGGUCCAAUGCAAGGACCAGUGCAGCAAAGACUGCAAGUGCGCGGGCUUCUUUUACAGACAGGAGUCUUCUAAGUGUUUGUUUGUCUCUGAUUUGGGCACUUUGGUUAAGGUUCCGAAUUCUGCUCAUACCGGCUAUAUCAAGAUCUCUAAGUAGAAUGAAUUUGGUGAUCUUUUGAUGUGUUAGUCUGUAAUAAUUUGCAUGAUUUUGUUUUGCUUUUGUUUUUACCGCAGCCAAUUUGUAAUUCAUUCUUCAUGUUGUACGUAUCAAAUUACCAAUGUAAUUUCAGGUUAUAAGUUGCAUCAUUUUAUUGCUUAAAACUUGAACCGUAAGCCGCAACCGAUUUUUUUCACUCGCCCUUAACAAAUAUGGUG